CCCUGACGAUUUGGCUGGGACUCACACAGAGUGCUCAACACUGUACACGCAUUCAUUCGUCUCAACCGCCAGAAGCCAUGAAGAGCGUUUUGCUUUCUGUCGCUGUAGCGCUGUCGAUCACGACGGCCUUCUCUCAGGAGACAGUCACAAUCAACCUGAGAGUUUUUCCGGCAAAGAGCAUUGCCGGAGUGAUCCAACUCAGCUUUCUGAAUGACCAAAACCAGCCCGAGUACGGCUUCAAUGUCACCGAAGCGCGAGACAUUUGCACUAAUCUUGGACUCAACCUCGCCUCCAAAGACCAAGUCACCGAAGCCCUCAAUAGGGGUUUCGAAACAUGCAGGUUUGGCUGGAUUGAUGAGCAUUAUGCAGUCGUCCCCCGCAUCAAGGCGCUUGCGAUCUGCGGGCAAAACCAGACCGGCUUGGUCUCGUGGCGAGCUGCACUGGACAAAAAGUUUGAUGUCUUUUGCUUUAACCAAUCAGAUUACACAGCUCAACCCGAGGAAGAAAUGACGACCAUGAUUUCCAAGUUCGCUGAUGCCCCAGGUCCUACCGCCUCUCUCUUUAUUUUCAAUCUUUCUUUGACCUCCGACCUCACAUUGCUGGACAGUCUAGAUGGGGCACAGCUCGCCCGUUUAGCCGGCGGUGAACAGAGCUCUGGGAAAGGAAAAGUGGUGCUCAUCACCUCCGCAUGUGCUGUUCUCCUCGUUGCCAUAGCCGUCCUUGCAUACAUGAAAGUGAAAAGGCGCUUCCAGAGAGCUGACGUGACUCAGGAGCGUGGAGACAUCGUCAUUGCAAGUUAAAAUGAUCACUUACAAGAUAUAACCUCUCUGAUUUCAUCUUUAAUGUGUUAGAGUGACACACAUCUGAUUUUGCACCGUGCAUAUUGUUUUAUGUCUAUUGUUAAAGGCAGCAGCUUUUUGGAAGGAUGUACAGUAAAUAGGUAGCCUCUCCAUAACAAUCACAAUACUUGUUUGCAUCAGUUUGAUAUUGCAAGUAAAUAUGAGUAAAUGAGACUUUAAAGACAUCGUUUGUGUGUAAUCACAUUGGUACAAACUAAAAUUCUUGGCAAAAGCUUCCGCAA